GAGGAGGUUGCAUUCUUAAGGCGUGAACUGGAAGAACUGAGAGGGCAGCUCGCAAUGACUAAUGGUGAAGAUCUGAAGUCAUCAAUAGAAAACGAAGUUUCUGAGGCGGAAAUAUCAGCUCGAUUAAAAUUGCUGCGCUUGGAAAGAGAGAACGAACAGCUGGAUAAGACAAUGGAGGAGUUAAAGCAAGCGUCUGCGAGGGUAGCUUCUUUGGAAAUGAAAAACAAGGAGCUACUGCAACAGUCAGAGGAAGAGAAAGGGCUAAUUGCUACAGCACAAGAGGAGGUAAAGUUGGAACAGGCAAAGUCGAAGGAGUUUCAGGAAGACCUGGUAAGGCUGAAUUUGGAGCUUGAAAAGUAUGGAAUAGAUGCUACUCAGCAACUGACUAGUCUCAAAUUGAAAGAGAAAGAGAAGUUUGCUAAUCUUGAAUCUCGCCUGGAUGCUGCUUUGAAUCGUAGUGUUGGGUUUGAUGAAGAGAGGAUUGGUGUACUAGAGUCAAGACUAGAAGAAGCAAGUCAGACGAAUCGAGAUCUUAGCAAAGAGUUAGAUGGAUUACGGCAGGACAACUUGCGUCUAAAAGCAUCAACAACCAUGAAUGUGAAUGCAUCCGAGUUAAGUUCAAAUUCAAGACAGGGCAAUAUUUCACCAACAGACACGGCUUCCAGUGGUGGCUAUAGCCAUGAAGCCAGUCCUUCGACAGAUAGGAAAUGGGAUCUAGGUUACUAUGAUAGAACAGAGUCACCACAAAUGCGUCACAGUAAAAUGUCUGACCAUUCUCGUCAUUCACAUUCAUCACCGUACAUGGUACAUGUUAAGGAAGGAAUCUCAACCUCCGAUUAUGUCCACCUGCAGAACAAAGUACUUGACUUACGAGGAGAAAAGUCUGCAUUGGAGCUAGAGAUUACAGAGUUAAGAAGUAGAAUGAAUCGACUUGAACAAGCUAAGGCAGAUGUUGAAGUUAGACGAAAAACUGAGGUUGCUAGCAAAGAUGCUGACAUUCGUGCAAUACAGCGUCAACUGCAAGAUUUGGAAGUUUUCAGAGUGGAGGUGGAAAUUAGGCGGAAUGAAGUCAAUCAGCUAAACAGAGAAUUGUCUCAGUUCCGGCGACGUCUUCAGGAAGCAGAAUCUGUGAAGGCUGACUUGGAAAUUCACCAGCAUUCGUUGUCUGCUGUGAAACUUGCCGAAUCAAAGAAUUUGAAAAGAAAGUUGGAUGAAGUUCUUGCAAUCAACCACGAGCUAGAAAAUGCACAAGAUACACUAGUAGAGAAGUGUUCGAUGUUGGACCAGAUGAACAAGACACUGGAGCAAGAAAACAAGCAUUUAUUGUCACAGUUGAAUAGCUUGGUUCUUCAGAAUAGAGACCUGAUGACGCAGAACAUGGACAGUAAAGACAAAUUUCAUGAAGAGGAAAAACAGUUUCAAGAUAAGCUAAAUGAGAUGGAAUACGAGAAGCGAAGACUUGGUGUUAAGCUUGAACAGUUAGAAGCGGAAAGAAAUAGAAAGAGAAAGGGUUUCUUCAAAAGAAUGAAAGGCAAACUGAAGGGUUCGAAACAGGGCAUCAACAGAACUGAUGGUGGUUUGGGUCUACAGCCAGAUCAGGUAACAGUUACAAGUGGUGGCUCAGGAGACUCUAAUCCUUCACUAAGUAGACAAACAGUCAGUUUUGCUGGUUUACCUGAAGCUGGACAAGGUCCACAGCAGAUCGGUAGUAAGCCAGCAAUGAGAGCGAGUAUUGCAUAUAGACCAUCAGAGGUGUCAUCGCGGACCAUCAGUGAUGGAUAUCUGUCACCUGAGGGAGAUACCCCUAGGUCAAGAUACUCCAUAGCAACUGCUGCACCAAGUGACAAAGCUAACCGUGCUGAUGCUCUGGUAUCGCUUAACGAUUUUUUGCUGGAAUCGGACAAGACACCAAGAUCAAGACAACGAUAUGUGGAAGAUACUCUCAGUAGUUUACAGUCUCCUUAUCGAAGCAGGGGAGCUACUGUUGCUAGUGCUACUCCUACCAAUGAACUGAUGCCUCGUCGUGAAAUGUACGUAGGUGAGUCACCUCCUUCAUUCCUAGCAACACCUCCAGGGAGAACAAGUGAUGGUGGUACAUACUUAUCAAGCAGUGCCAAUCAAGGUCGUACAUCUCCAUUGGGUCGAAUGCGACGUGAACAAAACUCGGACAUUCUUUUGAAUACUAAAAGGCGUUCUCCCAAAGCUCGACGUCGGAUGCAGAGCAGUGAUGCGCUUUUGGGAGGAGGAAUUCAUUCUCCACCUUUGUCUUUGCAAGAGACUGAGGACUGCUUCUCUGAGGAGGAUGGUAUGUCUCUCGAAAAGAGCACCACGUUACCUCGUCGUCAUAAGAAAACUGCCGAAGCAAUGCUUGGAUUGCUGGAACCACAUUCUCAGGGACUGAGAAAAGCGUCUAGCCAGGAGAGGCUACCAUCAGACGGAGCUCCUUCAGAUGACACUCUUGUUAAGCGCGAUGCAACAUCACCAGUGCAUCGAUCACAAGCUCGAGCUACACUUGUUGUUGUGCAGCCGCCUGCUCGGCCUGCUGCACAAGGUGCAAGCAAUGGUGAUUCAAGACAAGUUUCAACAGGUUCUGGUGAUGCAGACUCUGGUUUUGCUGCACCUUCUACACAUCUGUCUCCUGUGGGCAAUGACAUUCGCGCUCCAACGUACCAGUCGACUCCGAUGAGACCAAAACAUGAUGUGAGGAGUUCCAGUGAAGAAGAAGCACUUACGAAUGCGAGCAGUGGAGUUGAUUUAAUAGUAAGCAACUCAAGUAGCAAUCGUUCUAUUGCUGACAAAGGUAGAGUUCAGUCACCAACAUCACCAAAUAAAACCACGAACGAGACUAGUAUGGAUGUGUCUGGUUGGUUUGAAUACGGCACUGUGUGAAGAUGAGGUGACAACUGAACAUAGCCAUGUCUUUGAAAUAGUGAUGUAUGGUACAGUAUGGACGAUUUCGGGGCUGUAGAACAUGUUUGGUACAAUUUUAACUGCACAGACAUAUUGGUAUGAGAAGGCGUGAAGUCAUCAUGACAGUGUUGUGUUAGUCUUGUGUUGUAAUUUAGUAUGUUGUGGACUCUGUAUCACAAAUUGUAUAUUCUUGCUGAAAUAUUGCUUACAGUCAUGGUAAAUAAUAAAUGGUUUGUUUGUUGUA